UUUAAGACUCUCACUAGCAUGAUUCUUCUUACUAGCAGUGGGCAUGGCCCACUGCCAAGAAGAUAAUGACUUCAGUGUAUAUCUAGACCAUUCAAUAGAGUUCCCUCUGGCUCCUGAUGACUUUCAGAAUUGGGAGACCAAAGGUGUUGCUACUUUUACAAAAGAUAAACUUGUUGUGACCCCUGAAGUCAAGGCGAGGCAUGGCCUGGUUUAUAAUAAGAAACCUUUGCAAGGCAAGGAGUGGAUGAUCGAUGUACAGUUCCAAGUUGGGAAUAAUAAAGGAACCACCUUUGGAACCAAUGGGAUUGGUAUUUACCUCCUCAAGGAGGUGUUAAGCAAAGAUAUCGAUUCUAGCAAUGUGUUUGGAUAUUCAAACGAGUUUAUUGGCACUGCUAUCUACCUUAAUGCUGGCCUGAGGAAAAGAGAUCCGAAUAGUAAAAAUAUCAGGCUAGAGGCUAUCCAAGGAAUUACAUCUGACGGAUCAAAGCCUAUAAAUACAUGGGCCAUCCCAAAGAAUAGCACCUGUUAUCAUAAAUGGAGGAAUACUAAGGAUGAAAAUGGGAAUCAUAUUGACAAUACUCUUAGACUCCACUACAAUCAGGACUCUCUAAAUGUGUUGUUCUACGAUACGAAAGAAGGCCAGUUUUCUCAUUGAUUUAAAUUGAAUACACAGUUCGAAGAAGGCGUAUAUCUCGCUCUUUCUAGUGCUUCUGGAAUGUGGGAUCAAGAUUUUCAUUACAUUAAAACAUUAAAAACUAUGAACCCAAACAAGAUUGAUAGAACUCAUCGAGCAGAGAAGGCUAAAAAGCUUAAAGGCGAGAAGUUCAUGCAAAAUCUGGACCGUAAUGAUAUUAUGCAUGAAAAUAGACUGAGAUAUAAUGGCAUUGAUGACUUAAUACAAAAGGUUAACUCUGAAAUAAACUUGUUCACCCAAAACAGUCAAAAGGUCAGCUCGCUUGUUAGAGCCAAUUUGGAUAAACUCCCAGAAGAUCAGAAUCACCUAAUAAACCUUGAAAGAAUGAACACAGACCUUAACCUAGUCAUGAGAGAUUUUAGCACAUUAGAAAGAAUGAUGGCUUAUACACAGCAGUUGAUCCAAGAGGUUGAGAAGAGACCUCCUCUCAAGCUUCCUGAGACCCAAGUCCAGGUAGAAUCCCAAGUCUCUUCGAAAAGAGCUGCCUUAGAGACAGAUAUCCGUGAUCUUAGCAUCAGAGUAGGUAACCUUGAGCAGAAGCUCGAAAAAGAUCAUUCAGAGACAAAAGAAGCUUCAAUUGAGAGAGAAAGAUCUAACCGACAGAAGCUAGUAGAGGCUCGAGUCACUAAUGAUAUUCCUUCGAGUGCUAUCUCUCCAGAGCUGCACCAGAUCAUAGAGACUUCAAAGCAUGAGGUUAGGUCUCAGACUGAGGGAAGCGGAAGUUGGCUCAAGACCAUUCUGACCUGGACUAUCCUGAUAGGCAUUACUUACUUCAUGUAUGCAAUUUAUACGGGACUCAAAGAAGAGAAGCUAAAGAUGUAA